AUGGUACGAACGGCCAACCGCGACUAUGAGUUAACGCUGAUCAAAUACGCCAAGGACCAUCCCAAGAAAUAUUACCAUUAUGUACAAUCCAAAGUGGCACUUAAUGAUGGCGUCGGGCCGAUCGAAUGGUACUCCGCUGCUACUGACGAAAACAGCAAAGUGGACACACUAAAUCUCUACUUUAGCAGCGUUCACCGUACUUAUAACGGUGUGCCCAUAAUCCGGGACCCGGAAACUCCUCCAGCAGUUAUAGACGAUUUUCAUCUAACGGACAAUAUGGUUAGAAUUCAUUUAUGGAGCUUCAACAUGAACGAGUCGGCUGGACCUGACGGUAUUCAUUCGGCCAUUGUGGAACCAUUAGCGAGUAUCUUACCUAGACCAUUGUCUCAGCUAUUCAAGCUAAGCCUAGAACAAAGCAUUCUACCACGGGAUUGGAAAUCAGCCGCCGUGGUAGCCAUACAUAAAGGAAGGCCCAGGUCAGAAUUAAGCAACUACCGACCGGUAAGCCUAACUAGCACACUUUGCAAGGUGUUGAAAAGGAAUCAUCAGGGUCCAUAUCUGUAA